AUGUCGGACGAACUGGUCAUUGCGGGCAAGAAAUUCAAUUCGCGCCUCAUCGUGGGCACCGGUCGCUACCGGACUAUGGAAGACAUGGUCGCCGCAGUAGAGGCCUCGGGCACCGAGAUGAUUACGGUGGCCAUCCGCCGCCUCGACCUCGAUGACCCCACUGCCAAGACCCUGCUCGAUUUCAUCGACUGGGGCAAGUACCAGAUGCUCCCGAACACCGCCGGCUGCGCCACCGUCGAGGAGGCCAUAUUCGUCGCCCGCCUCGGCCGCGAGGUCGGUCAGACCAACUUCGUGAAGCUCGAAGUCAUUCCAGACCACAAGUACCUCUUCCCCGACGGCGCCGCCACCCUCGAGGCCGCCCGUCGUCUGGUCGAGGAGGGCUUCGUAGUUCUCCCCUACAUCCACGCCGACCCUGUGCUGGCCAAGAACCUGGAGGAUGUGGGCUGCGCCACCGUGAUGCCCCUAGGCUCCGCCAUUGGCUCCGGCCAAGGCAUCCACACCCGCGAGGAAGUCCGCAUCAUUAUCGAGCAGGCCAACGUCCCAGUGGUCGUCGACGCCGGUCUCGCCGUGCCCUCCGACGCCUCCCAGGCCCUCGAGAUGGGCGCCGACGCCGUGUUGGUGAACACCGCCAUUGCCCAGGCCAACGAUCCCGCUUUGAUGGGCGAGGCCUUCAAGGCAGGCGUUGAGGCCGGCCGCAAGGCGUUCCUUGCCGGGCGCAUCGGCGUGCGACAGUACGCCGCGGCCAGCAGUCCCACCACCGACGUACCCCAGCCGGCGGCUGCCGGCGCCUAG